AUGGAGCUCAUCCACGCAAAGUCGUUGAAAACUGUUAAAGCUUUCGGGAACGGUAUCGCUGAUGUAAAACUUAGGGUGUAAAAGAUUCUCCGCAAUUUUUUUUUUACUCAGAAGACAUAAGCUACUCAAAUUCAGCGCAAACCUUCAUCAGAAAAAAGAAAACGUUUCAAAUAAUAUCACUUAUGUACAGAAAUUCUUCCUUCAAUGUAACAAAUAGGCUCGAAUGACCUCUUCAGUUCCUCCUUGAUUUACAGAAAAGUCUUAAACUGUUACAUUUUCAUUUGAUUCCUAGUGAAGCGCUGAAGAUUUGACCUUUGCCGCGGGAAACUCUCAGCUCGAGAGCUGUCGAAAACGAAACCGCGGCGCGAUAUCCGUUCCCUUCAAGAAUGCCGCCGCUUCAAAAUCCCGAGAAGUAACAAAACUGAAAGUGGCCGCAGGAAGCGGCAAACAAACACGAUGGGGCGAAGAUUUGCGUGUUGUCUCGAAAUACUCAUGACCUCUGACGGCCGCGCAAUGCCUCGCCGCUCUCUUUGCCCACUUACUCGACUCCUUUGACAGUGUGUGAAACGCCGGAGACGGUAUAAAAGGGACUUCGGCAUGGCUACGUGCCACUGCCAAAGCGUCUCCUCUCCAUCAUGCAAUCGUGAGUUUCCCCAGCCUUCUCAACUUCUCAACCUUUCCUUCAGACUCGUUGUCCUCUGUGCUUUGAUCGCCGCUGUCUCUUGCCAGUACUACUACUACCCGACGUCGUACUACACACCGCUGUACUACUACUACCCAACAGCCACGACCGGAGUUCAGCAAGACUCGACUCACGUAACAGCUCGACAUGUUGAAUAGUCUUCAAUUCAACUUUCUCAGAACCAACAGUACCCACAGACUCAGACGCAAACUCAGCAAUACCAGCAGCCGAACUACGCUCAGCAGCAGCAGACCACCGGCCAACAGCCUCAGGUAAGACUUUGCGAAGUGAACAAAAAAAAGCCUCCAUUACAGUAUCAACAACAGACGACACAGUACCAGCAACCGCAGUCGCAGCAGCUCCAGAACGUGCAGUACGACCCUUCGACGUCUUCCGGAGCCACCGGAACUCAGACCGUCGCCGCGCAACCCAUGUACUACUACUACACGUCCCCAUACUACUACCUGCUCGGCAGGAAGUAA